AUGGCGAAAGAUACAAGAAAUAUCGAAAGCGUCGACAGCGCGUAUUAUGAAGACGAGCUGUCGAUGCUUGAAGCAAAACGCAAUAUCUUCUUUGAGCUCGUCCAGGGUAUUUACAAAAAAUCGCUAGUUGUCGAUACCGAUUUAGCCAGUCGCGAGAGUUUCCUUGAUGCUGCUGACACUAUCGACGAACUCCGAUCAGAGUUCAAAGAGGUGGUUAAUGAGUAUAAUCGUACGUUGCUAAGAGCUAGGGCGGCUGCUGUCCCUAAUUAUCAGCCGAUUAUAGCCUUCGAAGAUUUGUACUGCCGCAUCAGGAGAGUGGUUAAGCGGCUGCAACCAGCCGCACCGCCGGCCUCUUCGCUGCCUUCUAUAGUGGAGAGAGCCAGACCUUCUUUGCCAACGAUGGAACUGGUAGCGUUCGAUGGAGAUAUACGUAACUGGCCGCUUUUCUACGCUAGUUUUAAAUCCAGAGUGCACGAAAAUCUGUCGCUUACUGAUGAAGAGAAGCUCUUCUAUCUUAUUGGGAAAUUGUCACCAAAAGCUCAAGCCGUCAUCGCGGGUAUAACUCCGAGCGCUGAAAACUAUCAGCUUAUCAUCGAUAGUCUAAUUGACAGAUUUCAAGACAAGCGCACUCUUGCCUCGACCUACAUGGAUCAAAUGCUCAAUUUAAAGAUUAAUGGUCCCGCUUCCUCGUCUAAUUUUCAAACAUUCAUCGAUAAGUUUGUCACAGCUGCGAAUGCGCUUAAGUCGCUUAAGCUCGAUGAUUUAUGCGAUUUCAUGCUCCUUCAUAUGGCAUUAAAGAAGCUAGACCAGGAAACUCUUCGAGCAUUUGAAAUGUUACACCGAGAUACGAAAUUGCCUACCUUCCGCAAUUUGACAGAUUUUAUGAAGAGUCAGUUUAGGAUUUAUCAAAAUGUGCAACCAAGCACCGUCGUCGUCUCCGCCGCAGCAAAUCCAUCGCGCGAAAAAGGUGUUAAGUCGUCUCAGCCGCGUAGUGCCGCACCAAAACUACAAAGUUAUGUUGCUUGCGCGAGCACUACUAAAUGUAUUUGUGACAAUAUUGUUCAUGGACAUUUAUUUAAAUGUCCGUCCCUCAACAGUUUAACGCCUUCCGAACGCUUCAAACGCGCUAAAGAGCUUAAGGCAUGUGUUAACUGCCUAAGUAUCAAACACCGCACCCGCGAGUGCAAUUCCGAGGUGAAAUGUCGAGUUUGUCAUCAAAAGCAUCAUACUCUGUUGCAUUUUGACAAAGACAAGGAUGAAAGAGCUACGACGUCUGAUGUGUCAAGUGUAUCUGCGAGCGCCGUAGCUAAGUCGUCUUCACCGCCGCCGGAAAGCACAUCUUGUAACACGUCUAUCGUGACUCAAGCACUAGCGGCCUCUAACAAUAAGAUGUCAAAACAAAACUCAACAUCUUCGUGUGAUACGGUAUUGCUGUCCACCGCAAAGGUUAUCGUCCGCGAUAAUAAGGGUGGCACGCAAGUCGUCAAAUGUUUACUUGACACCGCGUCACAAAGUAACUUCAUUACUGAGGAGUGUUAUAUUAAAAUAUUUUCGCGAUUCGACGAAAACGUCAACUUUGACGUUUCGAGUUUUGUGGUCGAUCGCAUCACCGACGAUUUGCCAUCAGUGCCGGUUGACAUGUCAACCCUCACACAUGUUCAUGGCCUCCCUUUGGCUGACGACACGUUGGAUACGCCCGUCGCAAUUGAUGUACUGGUGGGUGCAACUAUAUUUCCACAUUUGUUACUGCCGCACAUUGUUAAAAGCGAUGUGGACUAUCUGCCACCGGCUAUUCAGACAGUAUUGGGGUAUAUUUUAAUGGGUUCGGUCCCUGCUUUACAGUCACCGCGUAAAUAUACUUCAGCAUGUUGUACUUCUAUUCAAGACUCCACAGACAACCUUCUCAAAAGGUUUUGGGAACUUGAGGAAAUAUCCGCUCCGCCCGCUCAAAGUCAAGAUGACCUUGAAUGCGAGGAUUAUUUUCGCGCCACCACUACGCGCGACGCUAAUGGUAGAUAUACUGUCGCAUUGCCUUUCCGAGAUGACGUGUUCAAGCUCGGAGAGUCGCAUUCUGCUGCUAAGAGGCGCUUUCUUUGCCUUGAAAGAAAGCUAGAGUCAUCGAGUGUGUUACGUGCCGCCUAUGACGAUAUCAUUCGUGAAUACGUCAGUAAGGGUUACAUAUCGGAGGUAACUAUCUCCAUGAAGGCCUCUCCAGCUGUCGCAUACAUAAUUCCUCACCAUGCUGUCAUACGCGAGGACAAAUCAACGACCAAAGUGCGCAUGGUCCUGGAUUCGAGUAGCAAGACAAGCACAGGUCUGUCGCUGAAUGACGUUUUGCACUCAGGGCCCAAUCUUCAAGGGGAUUUGUUUUCAAUCCUUCUGAACUUUCGCUUAUUCAAAAUAGCGCUUUCGGCCGAUUGUCGCCAAAUGUUUUUACAGAUUGGUGUUCGCGAAGCGGAACGCAAGUUUCAACGAAUCUUAUAUAGAUUCCGCCCGGCAGAUCCCAUUACCACAUACGAAUUUAAUCGCGUGUGUUUUGGUAUGAAGUCGAGUCCCUAUCACGCGCUCCGCGUCGUCCGUCAGCUAAUUGCAGACGACGGGCAUAAGUACCCAACGGCAGCGGCGAUCGCGUCCUCUUGUACAUACAUGGAUGACGUAUGCUUUAGCAUUAUGUCAGAUGACUCGCAGCAGCAGGAUGAGUCUGUUGCUAUCGCCGCGGCUAAGGAGCUGAUUGAUUUAUUCAAAUGCGGUCAAUUUGAUCUUGUGAAAUGGACCUGCAAUUCAGACGCCGUGCUACGCGAAAUACCUGCUUCGCAUCGGGCUUCCGUAGACAUUGAAAUCGACCCAGGGGUCUCCCAAAAGGUCCUUGGCUUAUGUUGGAAUAAAUCUGGUGAUUACUUUCAUUUCAAGGUGACAGAGCCAGACUCAACGUGCACUAAAAGGACGAUCUUGUCCGCAGUGGCACGUCUAUGGGAUAACGUGGGCUUAGUAGCUCCAGUUGUCUUAUACGCAAAACUCCUCAUCCAGGAGCUUUGGUUGAUCAAAUGCGACUGGGAUGAGACUCCCCCACCCCAUAUUGUGGAUUUAUGGGAACGAUUCUGUUCGGAGUUGCCAAAGCUCAAUGGAAUCCAAAUACCGCGCCAUCUUGGAGUAGCACAGGGUUGUACUAUAAACCUUUUAGGCUUCGGUGAUGCAUCCGAGCGUGCAUAUGGAGGCGUCGUAUACCUUCAGGUUCUAAAGGGAGACGAAGUGGCAGUUCGGCUGGUGUGUUCCAAGUCGAAGGUCUGUCCCCUUAAAACAGUCUCCGUCGCGAGAUUGGAACUGUGUGCUGCGGUCCUCCUGGCAAAGCUCAUGCGGAAGGUGCAAGAUAACUUCGAACCUCGUUAUAACAUUAACGAGGUCUACGCGUUUACAGACUCGAAAGUUGCUCUCUGCUGGAUUCAGUCAUCCCCCCACCGCUGGCAAACGUUUGUUGCCAACCGGGUAGUUAAGAUUAUCGAAGCUAUUCCGGCCAACUGCUUCCAUCAUGUGGCGGGCUUAGAAAAUCCCGCGGAUUGCUUGUCCCGUGGCCUGACGCCUUCUAAGCUCGUGGACCAUCCUUUGUGGUUCACGGGACCGGCUUGGGCUUCCAAGCAUCCAUCGGAAUGGCCUUUAAGGGAGCUCGAUCGAGAGUCCAUCGGUGAAGUGCCGGAGCUUAAGCCUCUUGCACACGCUGCAACUACGGAUGUGUCAGAGUCACCACUUUAUUCACUCGCUCAGCGAAUAUCGUCGUGGUCUCGAUUAUUGCGCAUCGUGGUAUACGUGUACCGCAUUCUUAAACCGAAACCGCGCUUCUCAGCACUUUCCCGAAAUGACCUAGAGUUCGCUGAGGGUAAAAUUAUUUCAUCGUUGCAAAGUGAACACUUUAGCGACGACAUUGAUAAAAUAAAGAGCAAAAGGUAUUGCUCACCUGCCUUGCAAAAGCUUAAACCAUUCUUAGAUAAAGACGGGCUGAUUCGUGUUGGAGGCAGGCUGUCAAAUGCUGACAUGAAAUAUUCGCAGAAACACCCAAUUGUGCUUCCACGACGUGAUCAUGUAGUCAAUAUGAUCGUCGACUAUUUCCACAGAAAGCAUUUGCACGCUGGUCCUGAGUCAUUAAUGACUAUACUUAGGCUUCAGUAUUGGAUACUGUCGGCUCGUCGUGUCAUUCGCGACCGCGUUGCCAAAUGCAACACGUGUUUCAGAGCGAAUCCACAAUCGUCUCUCCCGCUCAUGGCAGACCUACCGAGCUGUCGCGUGAAUCAAGUGAAUAAACCGUUUACACAUACGGGGUGUGAUUAUGCAGGUCCCUUGCAGUACACUCCUACUCGAGGCAGAGGAGUCAAGAGUCGCAAGGCUUGGUUAUGCAUUUUCACUUGCCUCACGACGCGCUGCCUUCAUAUCGAGAUAGCGACGGAAUUGAGUACCGCCAAUUUUUUGGCUGCUUUAAAGCGCUUCUUGGCGCGGCGUGGCCCCGUACAAUGCAUAUAUUCGGACAAUGGGACUAAUUUUACCGGUGCCAACUCUUACAUGCGUGACCUCUACAAGUUUUUAGACGGUCAUCGUCCACAUUUGGAGAUGGAGCUCGCGGAGAACCGCAUUGAUUGGAAGUUCAUUCCUCCCGCUUCUCCACACUUCGGAGGCGCAUGGGAAAGCAUGGUGAAAAUAGUAAAAAAUCACCUUUUCAAGGUAAUCGGUACGCAAAUACUGUCAUAUGAGGAGCUUCUGACUACGCUUGCGCAGAUAGAGGCCCUUGUAAAUUCGCGACCACUGACAGCUCUGAGUAGUGAUCCCGCUGAGCCUUCAGCUCUCACCCCGGCUCAUUUCCUCAACACUGCUCCGCUGUUGUCCUUACCUGCUCCAUUGGUCGAGUCAGGUAAUUUGCGUGACCGACAUGCACUUCUGGAUAAGAUAGUGCAGUCCUUCUGGCAACGUUGGCGUGCAGAAUAUCUGCAUCAGUUGCAGUCUCGAGCUAAAUGGACCACGCCAUCAGUUCCUAUCGUAACUGGUACAGUGGUUGUCAUAAAAGUAGAUAAUGCGCCGCCAUUUUCAUGGCCUUUAGGCGUCGUAGAGGCAGUACAUCCUUCGAAGGACGGCUCAACCCGCGUUGUCACUGUCAGGACAAAUAAAGGAAGUUUCGUCCGUCCUGUCGUGCGAUUAUGCCCUCUGCCUAACCAAUAA